AUGCUUAUUAAAGUGAAGACUUUGACAGGAAAGGAGAUUGAGAUCGAUAUCGAACCAACAGACAAGGUGGAGAGAAUUAAGGAAAGAGUAGAAGAGAAAGAAGGAAUUCCUCCACAACAGCAAAGGCUAAUUUUUAGUGGCAAGCAAAUGAAUGACGAAAAAACUGCUGCUGAGUACAAAAUACAGGGAGGUUCUGUUUUGCAUUUGGUGCUGGCUUUAAGAGGCGGAUGCUAA